UUGCCACAAAACUUCUACAUAAGGUACGUGCUGACCGUCAAUGUGCACCGGCGCGAGUGGCACGCAUGAGUCGCAACUGGUGAUCUGGAGUUGACAAGCUCUGCAUACGAACUGUCUAUAUUCUAGGCUUCUCAUGCUCAUGCUCAUCCUCUUAUUGCCAUGGUAGCCUUCCAUGACUAGAAGCCUAUACCAUCGUAAGCCCACUGCUACGGUGGGCGGGCCAAGCAAGGCACAAGAGCCGAUGCCGACCAAACCAACGCUUGCUCCUACCCUCUGCUGCGCCAACGCUAUGCUUAACUAUCAAUGCUCAACGUCCAUAUCCGCGCUAUGCUGUUGCCUAUGCUCCGCGAAAGGAAAAAAAGGGGUAUCUCUUGUGUGUUUGAUGUCCGACCGUGAGAUAACUAGUGGUAAGUAGGGAAGAGUGA